AUGAGAGUGAUCGCAGUGAAGGAGUACAUUGGCUCGAUCUCGGCUUUCUUUGCCGUCGAGGGAGGAAUGAUCCUCAAGUCAAUCCAUCCAGUCUUGGCCGAAACAGAGGGAUAUAAGUUGAUGGUUGAGCAGAAGAUUCUUCAGAGCUUAGGAGAGCAUCCGCGGAUUGUCAAGUACCGAGGCUAUCAUGACGAUUCCGAACUCAAGGGAUUACUGUUUCUUGAGGCCAGCCACGGGAAUCUCCAAAACUACCUGGACCAAAACAACAAGAACAACCAGAUAGAUGAUUCAACACGCCAGAAGUGGUGUCAACAAGCCACAGAGGCGGUUCAGUUCAUUCACAGCAAAGGCGUCAUCCAUUCGGAUCUUCGACCAGAGAACUACCUCGUUCACGGAUCUGCAGGCUCGCUCGAUCUCCAACUGUGCGAUUUUGGCGGUUCCAUGUGUCGAGAUUUAGGUGUGGAUGGGAGAGGUCUCCCGGAUCCGCCUUUUUGGGAUUUGAGUUGGGAGUCAACAGUCGGCACUGAUAUCUUCAGUCUGGGUUCUAUCUUCUAUACGAUCAUGACUGGUGUGUGGCCUUAUAAAACGAGCCACCGGACCAAAGAGAAAGAAGAAGAAGAAGCUAAAGAACAGGAGGAAGAAGAAGCUAAAGAACAGGAGGAAGAAGAAAGAGAAGAAGAAGAUAAAUGGCAAUUCGAGGACCGGGUCAUUGCGCUGCUGGGAAAGGGUAUCUAUCCUGAUGUGAAAGGGAUCAUCGGCGGUACAAUUAUGAUGCAAUGCUGGAAGAAACAGUAUCUCAAGGCAGACGAGGUUCUAGAGGCACAAAUGAAGCUUUCUCAAGGGUGCACAGAUUGA